AUGGUCGAAACCACAUCGAUCCAACGGUUCGCGAUCAAGUUCCCCAUGCUGCAGCCACCGUCUCCUCUGUUGGAUAUGGCGUCCCUGCGUCUGCCUGACUCCGAGGAAUUCGACGUCGAUCCACGUCGUAGAAGCAACAACGGAAACGUGCCGCCCACGACAAUCGCGGCCGUGCCACCGGCCACUGGUGGAACGCUUCUCCAGAUGAGGAACGACCUCGGGACCUAUCUGAACAACUUGAUCGCGGAGGCGAUCACCGUGAAUCCCCGAACAACGAUGGAGGAGCACGGCGGGCUGUUGAACGCUAGCAAAACGGUCACGAAUCUGUCCACCGCCGCCGAGCAGAUUCCCGAUCGAUUUUACAGGCACAGCAUGGCGAUGUCCGCGGUGUAUUGUGUAGCCUAUGUGCUGGUCUUCGUGGUCGGUCUGAUCGGGAACAGUUUCGUCAUCGCGGUCGUGUACCGGUCGCCCCGUAUGAGGACUGUCACGAACUUCUUCAUCGUCAAUCUCGCGGUCGCCGAUGUCCUCGUCAUCGUGUUCUGCUUGCCUGCUACCCUGAUGAGCAACAUCUUUGUUCCAUGGUUCCUGGGAUGGUUCAUGUGCAAAGCCGUCGCUUAUAUACAGGGCGUUUCCGUGGCGGCCUCUGUCUACAGCCUUGUAGCGGUUUCAUUGGACAGGUUUCUGGCAAUCUGGUGGCCGCUAAAAUGCCAGAUCACGAAAAGGCGGGCCAGGUUGAUGAUAGUCGUGAUCUGGUUCAUCGCCCUCACGACCACAUCCCCGUGGUUGCUGUUCUUCGACCUGGUCGCCAUCUACGACGACGAUCCAGACCUGAGACUGUGCCUGGAGGUGUGGCCCCGUCCGGAAGACGGAACCCUAUUCUUUCUGAUCGGCAAUCUGACACUCUGCUACGUUCUUCCCACGAUCCUCAUCUCCCUCUGUUACAUCCUGAUUUGGAUCAAGGUCUGGCGUAGGCAUAUACCGACGGACACGAAAGACGCUCAGAUGGAGAGGAUACAGCAGAAAUCGAAAGUGAAGGUCGUCAAGAUGUUGGUCGUGGUCGUGAUACUGUUCGUCCUCUCGUGGUUGCCGCUUUACGUGAUCUUCACGGUGAUCAAGCUAGGCGGUGACGUGGCCGAGCAGGAGGACGAAAUCCUGCCGAUCGCCACGCCGAUUGCGCAAUGGCUGGGCGCUAGCAACUCGUGCAUCAAUCCGAUCCUCUAUGCGUUCUUCAACAAGAAAUACCGCCGUGGCUUCGUCGCGAUCAUGAAGAGCGGACGUUGCUGCGGCAAGAUCAGGUACUACGAGACGGUCGCCAUAAUGUCCUCAUCGACGAGCAUGAGGAAAUCCUCCUACUACGUGAACAACAACAACUCGUCGACGAGACGCGCCUGCCACGGACCGCCUGUUCACCAGGACAGCAACGUCUCUUACAUAUUCAAUCACACUGGCGUUUAA